UGCGCGCGACCGAGCGGCUCUCUGGACACCCGGGUUCGGGCUGCAAUGAAGCAAGAAUAUAUGAUGUGUAUAGAUUUUUGACAUUUUCUCUCUUUUUAAAAAAAAAAAAAAAAAGACGCGCACCCAGAGACAGAUUUGCAUCCAUUGUGUUAGUGCUGAGUCGUGAUUUGAGCGAGCCGUACAGUACCAUGAGCUCGGGGGAAGGAGAGGACGUGUGUAAGGACGGAGCGGAGGUAGCGGCGCUCUACAGAGCCGACUGUUCUCUUCCGAAGUGUGAACCCACGCUUGAUUUAGCGGGACGCACAGGGUUCAACAGAAAUGAGGAUAUGAAGGCCAUCGAGGUGCUGCCUAUUCUGAAAGAGAAAGUGGCGUUUUUAUCAGGAGGCCGCGACAGACGAGGAGGCCCGGUUCUCACUUUCCCAGCCAGGUCCAACCAUGACAGAAUAAGACAGGAGGAUCUGCGACGCCUCAUUGCCUACCUCGCAGGCAUCCCCAGCGAGGAGGUCAGCAGACAUGGCUUCACCGUCAUCGUGGACAUGCGAGGCUCCAAAUGGGACUCCAUCAAGCCUCUGCUGAAGAUCCUGCAGGAAUCGUUCCCGUCCUGCAUCCACGUCGCGCUCAUCAUCAAACCCGACAACUUCUGGCAGAAGCAGAGGACUAACUUCGGCAGCUCGAAGUUUGAGUUUGAGACCAUAAUGGUAUCACUGGAGGGCUUAUCCAAGGCAGUGGACCCAUCACAACUGACAGCCGAUCUGGAAGGUAGUCUGGACUAUGAUCACGACGAAUGGAUUGAGGUUCGCGUAGCCUUCGAGGAAUUUGCAGGAAAUGUGGCACGUGCACUCAGCCGUCUCAAGGAACUCCAGGAGCUGGUGUCACGUCGUGAGCUCCCUGGUGACCUGGAGAUGGCACGAUGUGCCAUGGACGAGCACAGUGCCCUCAAGAAACAUGUAGCCAAGGCUCCAGCUGAAGAACUGGAGUCUGAGGGCCAACAGCUACUGCAACGUGUGCAGGUCGGCGCCAAGACCGGUGGAGACGUACAGGGACUGACGCUCAGGGUCUCAGCUCUUUUGGAGGAACUACGCUCCGCCCGCCAGCACCUUCACCAGGCCUGGCAUGGCCGAAAACUCAAACUGGACCAGUGCUUCCAGCUGCGGCUUUUCGAGCAGGAUGCUGAGAAGAUGUUUGACUGGAUUGUUCACAACAAGGGCCUUUUCCUGACCAGUUACACAGAGAUUGGCGCCAACCACCAGCACGUACUGGAGUUGCAGACCCAGCACAACCACUUCGCUAUGAAUUGCAUGAACGUGUACGUGAACAUCAGCCGGAUCGUAGCAGUGGGCAAGCGGCUCCUUGAGGGUGGUCACUACGCUGCCAUGCAGAUCCAGCAGCUCUCAGCACAGCUUGAGCGAGAGUGGAAGGCCUUCGCGUCAGCACUGGAUGAGAGGAGCGCCAUGCUGGAGAUGUCAGCCAGCUUCCACCAAAAAGCAGACCAGUACCUGAGUAACGUCGAGUCGUGGUGUAAGGCGUGUGGUGAGGGUGAACUCCCCUCAGAGCUACAGGACCUGGAAGAUACCAUUCACCACCACCAAGGUCUCUACGAGCACAUCACCGCUGCUUACUCAGAGGUGAGUCAAGACGGGAAAUCCCUGUUGGACAAACUCCAGCGCCCUCUGACACAAGGCAGCGCUGAUUCGUUAACCGCGUCAGCCAACUACACCAAGGCGGUGAACCACGUCCUGGAUAUCAUACACGAGGUGCUGCACCACCAGCGGCAGCUUGAGAACAUCUGGCAGCACCGCAAACUCCGCCUACACCAGCGUCUGCAGCUCUGCGUAUUUCAACAAGACGUCCAACAGGUCCUGGACUGGAUCGAGAAUCACGGCGAGGCGUUUCUCAGUAAGCACACGGGUGUGGGGAAGUCUCUGCACCGGGCACGGGCUCUGCAGAAACGGCACGAAGAUUUUGAAGAAGUGGCGCAGAACACGUACACUAACGCUGAUAAGCUCCUGGAGGCGGCCGAACAGCUGGCUCAGACCGGCGAGUGUGACCCAGAGGAGAUCUACCAGGCGGCGCACCAGUUACAGGACCGGAUCCAGGACUUUGUGAGGCGCGUGGAGCAAAGAAAAGUCUUGCUGGACAUGUCCGUGGCCUUCCAUACUCACGGCAAAGAGCUGUGGACGUGGUUGGAGGAGCUGCAGAAGGAGCUGCUGGAUGACGUGUAUGCCGAGUCGGUGGAGUCCGUGCAGGACCUGAUCAAGCGCUUUGGGCAGCAGCAGCAGACCACGCUGCAGUUUACCGUCAAUGUCAUCAAAGAGGGCGAGGAGCUCAUCCAGCAGCUCAGAGACUCCGCGAUCUCCAGUAACAAAACGCCGCACAACAGCUCAAUGGCGCACAUUGAAAGCGUCCUGCAGCAGCUGGACGAGGCUCAGGCUCGCAUGGAGGAACUCUUUCAGGAGCGCAAGAUCAAACUGGAGCUCUUCCUCCAGCUGCGAAUCUUCGAGAGGGACGCCAUCGACGUGAUCUCGGACCUGGAGUCGUGGGGUGAUGAGGUGGCCCAGCAGCUCGGCCAGUUCGACACUGAGGAGUUGACCGUAGCCGAGCAGCGACUUCAGCAGCACGCGGAGAAGGCACUCACCAUGAACAACCUGACCUUUAACGCCAUUCACCAGGGCCAGGAGCUGCUGCAGUACGUCACUGAAGUGCAGGCCUCAGGUAUAGAGUUGUUGUGCGAUCGGGAUGUGGACAUGGCCACACGUGUACAGGACCUGCUGGACUUCCUGCACGAGAAGCAGCAGGAGCUGGAUGCGGCUGCAGAGCAGCACCGCCGCCACCUGGAGCAGUGUGUCCAGCUGCGCCACCUGCAGGCCGAGGUCAAACAGGUCCUGGGAUGGAUCCGUAACGGUGAGUCCAUGCUGAACGCCGGCUUGAUCACGGCCAGCUCUCUGCAGGAAGCCGAGCAGUUACAGAGGGAACACGAGCAGUUCCAGCACGCCAUCGAGAAGACGCACCAGAGUGCGUUGCAGGUGCAGCAGAAGGCUGAGUCCAUGCUACAGGCGGCGCACUACGACGCCGAGACCAUCCGCGAGUGUGCUGAGAAGGUGGCGUCCCACUGGCAGCAGCUCAUGCUCAAGAUGGAGGACCGACUCAAGCUGGUGAACGCUUCCGUGGCCUUCUACAAAACCUCAGAGCAGGUGUGCAGUGUGUUAGAGAGUCUGGAGCAGGAGUACAAGCGGGAGGAGGACUGGUGUGGAGGAUCCGAUAAGCUCGGGCCGAACUCUGAGACGGAUCACGUGACCCCGAUGGUCAGCAAACACCUGGAGCAGAAGGAGGCCUUCCUCAAGGCAUGCACGUUGGCACGACGCAACGCAGAUGUGUUUAUGAAGUACCUGCACAGGAACAGCGUGAACAUGCCGGGCAUGCUGGCACAGAUCAAAGCUCCAGAACAGCAAGUCAAGAAUAUCCUGAACGAGCUGCUGCAAAGGGAGAACAGAGUUCUUCACUUCUGGACGAUGAGGAAGAGGAGGCUUGACCAAUGCCAGCAGUAUGUGGUGUUUGAGCGCAGCGCAAAGCAGGCUCUGGAGUGGAUCCAUGAUACAGGCGAGUUCUACUUGUCCACACACACGUCGACAGGCUCCAGCAUCCACCACACACAGGAGCUACUGAAGGAGCAUGAGGAGUUUCAGAUCACGGCCAAGCAAACCAAAGAGCGGGUGAAGCUGUUGAUCCAGCUGGCAGACGGCUUUCGUGAAAAGGGCCACUCCCAUGCGGGCGAGAUCAAGAAAUGGGUGGUAUCAGUGGACAAGCGCUACCGCGACUUCUCGCUCCGUAUGGACAAAUACCGCUGCUGUCUGGAAAAAGCGCUGGGGAUAUCCUCGGAUUCCAACAAGAGCAAAGACCUGCAGCUGGACAUCAUUUCAGCGAGCGUGCCUGGAGCCGAGGUCAGGCUCCGAGAUGCCAAUCAUGAGCUCAACGAGGAGAAGCGCAGGUCGGCUCGGCGAAAAGAGUUCAUAAUGGCUGAGCUGAUUCAGACAGAGAAGGCCUACGUCCGAGACCUGCGUGAGUGCUUGGACACGUAUCUUUGGGAGAUGACUAGCGGUGUGGAGGAGAUCCCAGCAGGGAUCGUCAACAAAGAGCACAUCAUAUUCGGCAACAUGCAAGACCUCUAUGAGUUCCACCAUAACAUUUUCCUGAAGGAGCUGGAGAAAUACGAGCAGCUCCCUGAAGAUGUUGGACACUGCUUCGUCACGUGGGCGGACAAGUUCCAAAUGUACGUGAACUACUGUAAGAACAAGCCGGACUCCACUCAGCUCAUCCUGGAUCACGCCAGCUCUUACUUCGACGAGAUCCAGCAGAGACACAGGCUGGCGAACUCCAUCUCCUCCUAUCUCAUUAAACCUGUGCAGAGAAUCACCAAGUACCAGCUGCUCCUCAAGGAGCUCCUGACCUGUUGUGAGGAGGGCAAAGGGGAGAUCAAGGACGGCCUGGAGGUCAUGCUGAGCGUGCCCAAGAGAGCCAACGAUGCCAUGCACCUUAGCAUGUUAGAAGGUUUCGAUGAGAAUCUUGAGUCUCAGGGCGAGCUCAUCCUGCAGGAGUCGUUCCAGGUGUGGGACCCGAAGACGCUGAUCCGCAAGGGCCGAGAGCGUCACCUCUUCCUGUUCGAGAUGUCGCUGAUCUUCAGCAAGGACGUCAAAGAUUCCAACGGCAGGAGCAAAUACCUCUACAAAAGCAAGCUACUGACCCUUGAACUGGGAGUGACGGAGCACGUGGAAGGAGAUCCGUGUAAAUUUGCACUCUGGGUCGGACACACGCCUACCUCCGACAACAAGAUCGUCCUGAAGGCCUCCAGUAUAGAGAAUAAGCAGGAGUGGAUCAAACAUGUGCGCGAGGUGAUUCAGGACCGGACCGUUCACCUGCGCGGGGCCUUGAAAGAACCCAUACACAUCCCCAAAACCACCACAGGGGCAAAACCGAAGGGAAGAAGUCACAGAGAGGGGGAGGACCUGGACAGUCAGGGCGAUGUAAGCAGCCAGCCAGACACGAUCUCCAUCGCAUCCCGCACCUCCCAGAACACCCUGGACAGUGACAAGCUGUCUGGUGGCUGCGAGAUGACGGUGGUCAUCCACGACUUCAUGGCCAGUAACGGCUCAGAGCUGAGCGUGAGGCGAGGUCAGACCGUCGAGGUCCUGGAGAGGUCUCAGGACAAACCCGACUGGUGCCUGGUGCGCACCACCGACCGCUCGCCUGCCCAGGAAGGCUUGGUGCCCGGUGCCAUGCUCUGCAUUGCCCACUCCCGCAGCAGCAUAGAGAUGGAGGGAAUCUUCAACCAUAAAGACACCCUCUCUGUGUCUAGUAAUGAUGGUGGAAUAUCAGGCAGCGCCACCCUGCAGCCAGGCCACCUGCACGGCUCACCAGGCGGCAAGCGUCCAGGAAAUACCCUGCGCAAGUGGCUGACGAGCCCAGUGCGGCGCCUGAGCAGCGGUAAAGCAGACGGACAUGCCAAGAAGCUCGCGCACAAGCACAAGAAGCACCGCAAGAGCGGCGAAUCACAGAGGGACUCCGACGAUAACGCAGCGACGCCACAAGACGAGACUGUCGAGGAGAGAAUGAGGUAUGAAGGCCUGAGCAGCGGCACACUUUCCAAAUCAUCCUCUUCGGGCAUGCAGAGCUGCGGAGAGGAAGAGGGUGAGGAGGGCGCUGAUGCCGUGCCCCUGCCUCCACCUAUGGCCAUCCAGCAGCACAGCCUCCUUCAGCAGGACUCACAGGAUGAAAAGGCUUCUCGUCUCUCUGGGCGGCCCAGCAGUUCAGAAACCCCCAGUGCUGCUGAACUUGUCAGUGCCAUUGAGGAACUCGUCAAGAGCAAGAUGAGUCUAGAUGAUCGGCCAAGAUCCCUUUCAGUCGAGAACGUUGACAGCAACAGUCCCUCCUGUAACCCCUCAGAUAACUCGCUGCUCUCUUCUUCUUCACCUGCUGAGGAGAUGGAUGAACGCAAGACAGACAUCCUCAAAAAGCGCCACUAUGUACUUUUGGAGCUGGUGGAAACCGAGCGUGAUUAUGUCAGGGACCUGGGUGCAGUGGUGGAGGGCUACAUGAGCCGGAUGAAGGAGGAGGGGGUUCCGGAUGACAUGAAGGGCAAAGACAAGAUAGUGUUCGGAAACAUUCACCAGAUCUAUGACUGGCACAAAGACUUCUUUCUGGCAGAGCUGGAAAAGUGCCUGGACGAUCCGAAUAGGCUAGCACCCUUGUUCAUCAAACAGGAACGCCGGCUUCACAUGUACAUCGUCUACUGCCAGAACAAGCCCAAAUCUGAGCACAUUGUCUCCGAGUAUAUAGACACAUACUUUGAAGAUCUAAAGCAGCGCUUGGGCCACAGGCUCCAGAUCACAGACCUGCUUAUCAAACCUGUGCAGAGGAUCAUGAAGUACCAGCUCCUACUAAAGGAUUUCCUAAAGUUUUCCAAAAAGGUUGGCGUUGACUCAGCAGAAUUAGAGAAAGCAGUGGAGGUCAUGUGUGUUGUGCCGAAACGUUGUAACGACAUGAUGAACGUGGGACGUCUCCAGGGCUUUGAUGGCAAAAUUGUAGCUCAGGGCCGGCUCCUCCUGCAAGACACAUUCAUGGUUUCGGAUCAAGACUCCAGCCUACUCUCUCGGGCGAGGGAAAGGCGCGUCUUCCUCUUCGAGCAGAUCGUCAUCUUCAGUGAACCACUGGAUAAGAAGAAGGGCUUCUCUACUCCAGGCUAUCUGUUCAAGAACAGCAUCAAGGUCAGUUGGUUAAGCCUGGAAGAGAGCACAGACAGCGACCCCUGUAGGUUCAUUCUCACAUCGAGGUCAUCCACAGGGGGCACUGAGCGCUUUGUCCUCCACGCCUCAAGCCCAGCUGUCUGUCAUUUAUGGGUACAGCAGAUCAGCAGCAUCCUGGAGAACCAGAGGAAUUUCCUCAAUGCACUAACGUCUCCCAUCGAGUACCAGCGGAACCAUGUGGGCGCGAGCACUUCCACCAGCGUCCCCGUCAGCUCCCGAAGUCGUGGAUCCAGAAUUCCCCAACCCAUGCAGCCCCACCCCCCAUCAGCCUCAGGUACGUUUCCUGAGACGUUCAAGACACGCCCGCUCGACCUCCCCUUGAACGAGCAGCGUGAGGAGACUUGUUCGGUCUCUCGAGCUGCGGUGUCCCCAAUGUCCCUCACUUUGUCCAGACCUCGAUCAGGGCUCCCUUCACCACUAGUCUCACCUUCAACAAACUUCCCCAGUUCAGGCCAGUCUGGCAACAAAGCCUCGUCGUCCUCUAUUUGGGCUUCAGAUCAGAACCUGAAGCGCAAGGAACCAGACCGUGUCAGCACGUGCUCCUCGGCCAGCGAGCACAGCAACGGGAGUGAAAGCAGCAGCAGCAGCAGUAGCGGCGUGUCCACCAUGCUAGUGACGCAGGACUACGUGGCUUUAAAAGAGGAUGAGAUCAGCGUGCAUCAGGGCGAGGCCGUGCAGAUCCUGGCUUCCAACCAGCAGAGCAUGUUCCUGGUGUUUCGAGCUCCCACAGAACAGGGCCCGGCAGCCGAGGGCUGGAUCCCCGCUCACGUGUUGGGCCACACCUCCAUCCGUGCCCCCGACUACGCCAACAGCAACCUCAAGAAGUCAUCAUCAUGGCACACAGCACUGCGCAUUCGCCGCAAAUCAGAAAAGAGAGAAAAAGAGGGAAGGAAAGAGUGCCGGCAGGAGAAUAAGGUUUCCGUAAUGCUUCUAAAUCCGAACUACAUCUACGACGUUCCGCCAGAGUUUCUGGUGCCUCUGAGCGAUUUGGUCUGUGAAAGUGGAGAGAGGGUGACCUUGCGCUGUAAGGUCGGAGGUCAGCCAAGAGCCUCAGUCUCCUGGAGAGGACCAGAUCAGAGCACACUGAGCGACGGAGGACGAUACUCUCUGACGCACAGCGAGACGGGCGAGGUGACUCUGCGCAUUUCACCCGUGACUGUAGAGGACGGUGGGACCUACACCUGCACCGCUGCUAACGACGUCGGGAUGGUCACUUCGUCCGCCGGGCUCAGGGUGCAAGGUACCUAUGGUGAUGGAGUUAUCUGGAAGGAGAAUUUCGAGUCGCUCUACACUGAAGUGAUGGAGCUUGGGAGAGGCAGGUUCUCGGUGGCUAAAUGGUGCGAGCAACAAGGUUCCCGGCGCUCAGUGGUGGCGAAGCUGGUGAACAAAAAGCUGAUGCGUCGUGAGCAGGUGAUGAGGGAGUUAAAUGUGCUUCGCUGCCUGCAGCAUCCUAACGUGGUGGGCUUGCUCGAUACUUUCGAAAGCAACACCAGCUACGUGCUCGUGCUGGAAAUGGCCGAUCAGGGUCGCCUCCUCGACUACAUUGUGAGCUGGGGGAACCUGACUGAGGAAAAGGUGGCGCUCUAUCUGCGGGACAUAUUAGAAGCUUUACAUUACCUACAUACCUGCAGAAUCGCUCAUCUCGACCUGAAGCCUGAGAAUGUAGUGGUGGAGCAGGCAUCUGCUCAUUCCAUUGUCAAGCUGACGGACUUCGGCGAUGCCAUGAUUCUUUCCUCUUCCCCAUACAUCCACCCUCUAGUGGGCAGCCCUGAGUUCUGCGCACCUGAAGUGGUGCUGGGCGAGCCAGUGUCUUUGACUUCUGAUCUCUGGAGCCUGGGUGUUCUGGCGUACGUGUUGCUCAGUGGCGCCUCUCCCUUCUUAGAUGAGAGCGCCGAGGAGACGUGCCUCAACAUCUGCCGUCUGGACUUCAGCUUUCCCGAAGACUAUUUUGGAGGUGUGAGCAGGGCAGCACGCGAUUUUGUGUGUUUACUGUUACACCCCGAAGCGGUCAGGCGACCCUCGGCUCAGGCCUGCCUGCAGGGGGAACCUUGGCUCUUUCCCCGUGCUGCCUCCGGUUUGGUCCGUCUGGACACGGCGCGACUUGUGGCCUUCAUUGAGAGGCGCAAGCACCAGAGCGACUUGAGGCCAAUGGAUAACCUGAGGACAUUUUUAAGGAGUCGGCUGCUGGGUAAAGCGUGAUAGAGCAUGCAGGUUUCUCUCUAAAGACUUGAUCUUCUUGUGUAGAGCGAUGAAAUGCUGUUACGGCAACUGGGUUUCUCAGACUGAUGGAAAGGAGCCUAAGGCAAGAAGCAAGCCGGGGGCUUGCAAACACCCUUCACGGUGGAAUAAUCAAAGGAGCAAGACAUAACUCUGAGAGUUCAGUCUGCAUGAGCCAGCGAUUAAGCUCCAGCAAUCAUCUCAUCGGAUCGAAAGUCCAAAGUUGGAGGUCUGAUGGAGGAACUCGGAUGUCCAGCAACCACCUCAUGCUCUGUCAGAACCAUCACAGAUGUUACCGAGUUGAUUCCAGCAAACACAGUGUUGCCUUGAGAUCGGAGACUUCUGACAUUAUGGGGGGAAAAUUCCAAAAAAGCUCAAAAGGAAGAAUGUGAGCAAAAUCUCUCUCUCUUUUUUUUUUUAAAGCCACGUUCCACACUAAAAUGGCACGUUGUUUGUACGCUGCUGCUGCUGAUAAAACCCGAACGACUACUUCUCACCCCUUAAAACCCCUUGGAACUUGGAAUUUGGAAAACAAACCCAAAUUCACAUCAGCCUCAUUAUACAUCAUAUCCUCUUUGUACAGAAAAUGCACAGAAGCACAAGCGAGACUUUUUGUUGUUGUUGUUGCUGUCGUUUUUUGCGAUUUUUCUUCUAUGAGCCAGUAAAGGGCAAGCCUUUUGUUUCUGACAGUAUUUUGAAUCAGGUUGUUGCAGUACUGUACAGCUGUAUUCAGGAAAGCAUUUUGUAUAAAAUAUGUAUAGAAACACAGCAAAGGAGAUCUUUGGAGUUUUUGAAAACAAAAAAAAAAACAUACAAGACUAUAUAAAGCGAAAGAAAUUAAACUGGUUCAACAGUGACUUCCUGUUCAUCUCAAAAAUGUUGUAGCUACGGAAUCCUAAAGCACAUCGAACAAGGAUUAUUUUUCUUUUUCUUUCGGAAAUACUGCAUGUCACAGCAACAAAUCUGUACUUUUCUUUUUAAAUUUCUAUGACUGUCUAUCAAACUGUUCGCGUCGGACAUUUCAGCAUGGUUUCUACCGUGCCUCGUUGAUGACUUUUCAGCAAUUUCACGUAUCAACUCGUACGGUACGUCGCUGCCUAGCCGCGUCAGGUCGUAUACCUGUGUUGCAUUUUGGAUCGCUGUACAGUAUCCGAAGUUUGCCGUCUUCUCUACUUCUAUUUAAAAGUUGCUUAAAAACAGAAUCAUGUUGAUAAACAUGCAAACCUUACAGUUAUCAAUUAUGUUUGAGUUUUUUGGGGCUCCAACCAGCGAAUUGCUAAAUACUUCAACAGAAAAAUACUUCCUUGAGCGGUUUAGUAUCGAGUCUGACUGCUUUUCAUUUUCAUUUUUGUCAUUUACUUUGACUUUUUGGAGAGAAUUUGAACUUGACAAGACAGUGUUUAUUUGAUUUUUUAUUUUUAUUUUUUAAAGAAAGGAAAUGAAGCAUUCGAUUUGAUUUCAGAUGUUUUCGCAUUGACUGAAGCACACCUUUGACUUCCAACGUACCCAGUGUUAAUGUGCACUCGUAUUUUGGUGGAACUGUCUAUGUUGGGGAUUUUUUUUUCCGCAGCUAUUUACGAUAAUUGGUGUAAAACCUGCUGACUUUAAUUAUGUGUAUAAGCCACUAUAACUUAAUUUCAGAUGUGCUCGUGGCAGUUUCUUGCUAAGUUCCCUGUGUUCAGUAUUAUUUUGUGAAAGCUAAGCGGUUUUUAAUGUGUCGCACUUGCUUUAUGUUUGAAUGUUACGAAUUCUCAUUGUUCUUAUGCCAAAGUUAACCUUUUACACACCUACAGUACACAUGGUUUCACCGUAAUGAUAAACUAUAACGAUGACGAUGCAGGCAUUUAUGUAGAUUAAUCUUUAUUUAUUGUCUUGUUGUGUAUUUUGUAAAGUGCUAAGAUGAUUAAAGUAGUGCUACAUCUUACAAUCAUUUCAACUCAUCCUCAGAAACAUUUUAAUAGUUGACCUUUGUAUAAAACAUUAAGAUGUAUAUUUGCAUGGAUAAAGGACGUCCACCUUUCUACUUCAAGACUGUAAAACCCGUCAGGGCUGAUCUGUAAUUAUGGUUGUUUUAGUGUUGUUCAGUUGCUGUUCUAAGUCGGGUUCGUCGUGAAUUUUUAAGCUGUGCCAGUAAGCAUGGGUCAACACAAGGUCUUUUUUUCUUUUUUUUUUCCUUUUUCUUUUUUGUUGUUGUUGUUGGUUGUGUUUUUUUCUAAUUUAUUUCAUCAUUGUGUAUAGCUGUACAGUUUCGAACGACUGUAAAAGACCCACGUAGCUAAGUCAUGUUUUAUACAUGCGGUUAAUAUUCCAUUUCAGAUGCUUUUGGCUCUUAUGUUUGUGUGUAAAUUUUUAUGUACAUAAACCAUACCUUUGCACAUUCUGUGCUUGUAUAUAUUUUAUUGAGAAUAACAAGAUAAAAAAAAA